GUGCGGGCAGAGGGACGGGUCGGCUCCGCUCCGCUCCGCGCAGCGCCGCGCACCGCGGGGGUCUCGCCGCUGAGGCGCGGGAAAAAAAAAAAAAAAAGAAAAACACCUCCCCAAAAAAGCCAAACUUGCCCAGCUUGUCCUCUAGGCGCUCCGAGCUGCAGGAUGAAUUAGGAAGGCAAGGCCUCUUCCUCUGAACCAUGGAGACAAGGGCGUCUUUCAUCGCCACCAUGCAAGAGACCCAGCAUCUCUCCCCAGAGAAGGGUCAGAGCCCGGCCAACGGCAACAUGGAGCAGUUUGAUUCAGAUGAGGGCUCCAGCAUUGAGGACACAGACUUCAACUGGGACGAGUUCCUGGAGGAAACAGGAGCCAGUGCUGCUCCCCACACCUCCUUCAAACACGUUGAAAUCAGCCUUCAAAGCAGUUUCCAACCAGGGAUGAAAUUAGAAGUGGCCAACAAGAGCAAUCCGGACACGUACUGGGUGGCUACGAUCAUUACAACAUGUGGACAGCUCUUACUGCUUCGUUACUGUGGCUAUGGAGAUGACCGCAGGGCGGAUUUCUGGUGUGACGUGAUGACAGCAGAUCUUCACCCAGUUGGCUGGUGUACACAGAAUAACAAGGUCCUGAUGCCUCCAGAUGCAAUCAAAGAGAAAUACAUGGACUGGACAGAGUUUCUCAUACACGAUUUGACCGGCGCCCGGACUGCACCUGCAAAUUUACUGGAAGGCCCUCUGCGAGGAAAAAACCCUGUAGACCUCAUUACAGUUGAUUCCUUAAUAGAGCUGCAGGAUUCCCAGAAUCCCUUUCAGUACUGGAUAGUUAGUGUGGUUGAAAAUGUUGGAGGAAGAUUACGCCUUCGCUAUGUGGGAUUGGAGGAGACUGAAUCCUAUGACCAGUGGUUGUUUUACUUGGAUUGCAGACUUCGACCAGUCGGUUGGUGUCAAGAGAAUAAAUACAGAAUGGACCCACCUGCAGAUAUCUAUUCUCUGAAGAGUAUAUCUGAGUGGAAAUGCGCUCUGGAAAAAUCCCUUAAUGAUGCAGCAAAUUUUCCUCUUCCAAUGGAAGUGUUCAAGGACCAUGCUGAUUUGCGAAACCACUUCUUCACUGUGGGGAUGAAGCUGGAGGCGGUGAAUAUGAGGGAGCCGUUUCAUAUCUGUCCUGCAUCAGUGACCAAGGUUUUUAACAAUCAUUAUUUACAAGUGACCAUUGAUGACUUGAGACCUGAACCCAGCAAAAUCUCAAUGCUUUGCCAUGCGGAUUCCUUAGGGAUCUUGCCAAUACAGUGGUGCCUUAAAAACGGAGUCAAUCUCACACCUCCCAAGGGUUACUCUGGCCAGGACUUUGACUGGGCAGACUACCAGAAGCAGUGUGGAGCGGAGGCAGCGCCUCACCUGUGCUUUAGAAACACAUCCUUCAGCCGUGGCUUUACUAAGAACAUGAAGCUGGAGGCGGUGAACCCCAGGAACCCUGCAGAGAUAUGUGUCGCUUCUAUCACCUCAGUUAAAGGACGGUUAAUGUGGCUUCACCUUGAAGGUUUACAGAUGCCCUCUCCAGAGUACAUAGUUGAUGUAGAGUCUAUGGACAUUUUCCCCGUUGGCUGGUGUGAAGCGAAUGCUUAUAACCUAACUCCACCACACAAAGCUGUUUUGCGAAGGAAGAGAAGAAUUGCAGUUGUGCAACCAGAAAAGCAGUUACCAUCCACAGUGCCUGUUGAGAAAAUACCUCAUGACCUCUGCCCGGUUCCUCAGCCAGACACAACAGGCACCAUCAAUGGGAGAUACUGCUGCCCUCAGCUCUACAUCAACCACCGCUGCUUCUCAGGUCCAUAUUUAAACAAAGGCAGAAUAGCAGAGCUACCUCAGUCUGUCGGGCCUGGCAAGUGCGUGCUGGUCCUCAAAGAGGUUCUCAGCAUGGUGAUCAAUGCAGCUUACAAGCCAGGGAGUGUUUUACGAGAACUGCAGCUAGUGGAAGACCCUCAGUGGAAUUUCCAAGAAGAAACACUUAAAGCAAAAUACAGAGGGAAGACAUACAGGGCGACCGUUAAGAUUGUGCGGACAUCGGAUCAGGUAGCAGAUUUCUGCAGAAGAGUCUGUGCAAAGUUGGAAUGCUGCCCCAACUUGUUCAGUCCUGUUCUGGUGGCCGAAGUCUGCCCAGAGAACUGCUCCAUUCAUACUAAAACCAAGUACACUUAUUAUUACGGGAAGAGGAAAAAAAUCAUUAAGCCACCAAUUGGGGAAAAUAACAUGAAAAGUGGACAUGUCAAGCCAGCCAGACGCAGAAAGAGACGGAAAUCCAUCUUUGUGCAGAAGAAAAGGAGGUCAUCAGCUGUCGAUUCGAAUGCUGCAGGCUCUGCAGAGGAGAGCGAAGAUGACGAGCCGGACGCGAUGGAGGACGAGACGGGAAGCGAGGAAACCAGCUCAGAGCUGCGGGAUGACCAGACGGAUACCUCUUCUGCCGAGGUCCCCUCCGCCAGGCCCCGGCGAGCGGUCACCUUGCGGAGCAGCACCGAGUCGGACAGACCUCCUCCCACGGAGAGAGCCCGGCGGAGCCGGAGACCGCAGCCCCACUCCUACGGCGAGGCGGAGAAGUGCGCGCAAGUCAAGGAGGAAAUUAAGCAAGAAGAGGAAGAGAAGCUCAUCCUGGACAGUAAUCCGUUGGAGUGGACCGUGACUGAUGUCGUGAGGUUUAUUAAACUGACCGACUGUGCACCCCUUGCCAAAAUAUUUCAGGAGCAGGACAUCGAUGGCCAAGCCCUUCUGUUGCUGACACUGCCCACGGUGCAAGAAUGCAUGGAGCUGAAGCUUGGUCCAGCCAUCAAACUGUGUCACCAGAUUGAGCGAGUAAAAGUUGCUUUCUAUGCACAAUACGCCAACUGACUGCACUUCUCCAUUUCUUUCUGUUCUCCUUCUUGUUCCCUCUCUUUUUUAACAUUUCAACUUGUUCAAGGGUUUUUUUCCCCCUAUCCCUUUUCUUUUCCAAGAACACAUGGAAUUGGAAGCACUGGGAAUUAAUCUGUAGGCAAGGGAAAAAAAAAAAACCCACAACAGAAAACUAGCAACAAAUUGAACUAUUUUUUCUGUACUUGUAAAGCACACCGAAAGACUGCUGGCAUCUCUCCUCGUGAGCCUCGCCAACCCGUUACGCAGUGGUGCAAGGCCAGCACGGAUAUCAGAUGGUUUGUCAUUUGUUAAAACAAAGCUACCGAUGGCAGAUGCAUUCCCAAGGGGAAGGGUCGGACAUUUCCAGAUGAUGGUGGUUUGUCUAGGCCAAUUUCUGGACAUGAACAUUUCUUUUAGCCAACUCUGACACACUUCUUUCAUAUUGAAAUGUAAGUGAUCAUUUGUAGCAUUGUAGCUGGGGUUUACUGCAAAUUUGAUCUUAGUGAUCAAAGGGCUUUUUUUCUCCCACCUCUCCAGUCUUAGAAAAAGUGUUAUACCAGUCGUACGCUAUUUAUUACUCCUGAGUGAUUUAUGAAAAAGGACUCAACCCACGGUCUCUGUAUGGUAUCAGACAAAGCUGCAGUGAACUGACAGGGGUGCAGCAAGACCUAGUGUGCAGUAAUGCGUCCUGAGCUGUGCUGGCUGUGCACAAUAAGCUGAAUGUCUCUGUGAUGGGAUUCUGUACAGUACUGCAUUCUUGUACAGGAACAUGCACAAAAGCUUUCAUAGUCAAGCCUGUGCUCUUAAAUCCAAGUCACUUUAAAGACCUGACUUUGAGCCCCACAGGGUGAAAGGAAAAAAAGCUAUUCGGAUUUAAUGAUGAGACUGUUGAGUGAAUGCUGGUUUCAUUUGCACCUUCGUGAAUCUGGUUGCUAGGUGGGAAUAAAAAGCAUCAAUCUUUUCAGGCUGCGUACGCCACAGUGCUUUAGACCAGCUGAGGAUCCAGCCCAAUGUAGUCUAUAUAAAGCCCCCAGAUUGUCCCAGUGCCACCCUGGCUAGUGAAGCUGGGGGCUUGCUUCAUGCCAAGCAGGAUAAGCACCAGAGAGGGUGAAGAAAUGGGUCAGACACCUUGGGUUUGCCUCAGCUGUGUUUACAGGAGAAGUAUUUCCCGUUUACUUUGCAGGGAUAUAUGACCCCAUCAGUCCCACGUGUUGAGCCUGAAAUUGCUGUAACUCAGCAGAGGUUGGCGGCAUCACCGUGGUGUAAAAUUCUCUCAAAAGCAAGAACCAAACUGCAUCCAAGUCUGAACGUUGCUCUAACUUUAAGGUGCAAGUGAAUCCCUCCUUCAAAAAGUGAAUUGGAUGGUUUGUGCUGAGUUUUAGCCUGAUUUCAUAGGAAACCACUGACUUCGGCAGACCUUUGUUCUCUAACCAUAAACAGACCCCUGUUCCCUGGCCUCAGGGAACUCAGCUUGGAAAUUGUACACAGCUCUGUUAAAAUGCUGUGAUGCCAAAGCCCGCUCAGUGAAGACCCCUUCAAAAAGAAAUGUUAUUUCUAGCCCUAAACCUGAAGCCAGUGCUUAUGGCCAGAUAACGCCCACCUCAAGCACAUACCCUAUGGUGACAGCAAACUUCGAUCAGAUAAUCCUGCUGACCACCGUGUGCUCAGAAGAACCUACUGACUAACACCAGGCUAUAGCUGCUGCUUUCUGCAUCACCAGUUUCCUCCUUAAAUUCUUUGGAUUAAAGGGGGAAAGCCUCAGAAAUAAUAUUCUGGACUACAUCCGAAUCUGCCCUAGAGCACGUGUUAGGCAAGAAGUAUUGACUCCAUUUGCCAUGCAUCACUGGGGAAUCUCUAGACUGUCUUUCAGUGAGUUUCCUGAUUUGCCACUGAGGAAUGUGAUGGGUGCAACCGCUGCAGGCUGGGCCAGAUCCUGCCAACUCCCAAGACUUCAAAAAUUUUCUUACAUGGGAGAUCAGCAGGACUGGAUCUGUUCUCAGCUGUUGUCUUGUACUGAAGAUCUUGUUGUUCAAGUUCUAAUCAACUGAAGGGAAAAGUAGUCACCUCUGCAUCAAAUGGUUUUCAUUUGUUUCUCAGAAAUCUAGGAAUAGGGUUCUGUAGUGGUGCAGACAUUCAAAACCUGGGUUUUAGACUGGAUUUCUACUGACAGUAGCAGUGGACUGUGUCCAUGCAACUGGUUUGAUAACUACUUUGGAUCCCUCUUAGGGUCCCCUAAAAACGUUGCUCCGUGUUUCCUUUCUGAAGACUAAAGGAUUGUGCACAGCAAAGUGAGAGCACAGCUGAGAAAACCAGGGAAGGUGCUUCUCCCAGCUCCUCCUUGCUUCAGCCCAGUCCCUCCAGUGGCUGGUAUAACAUCUGUCAGCAGGAGAUAGCUCCCAAAAGACUGCUGUCAGGAGAACUGGCGUACGAGGACAUUUCAAGGAAGGGAAGCAGAAUGGCUGUUUGCUAAACAGCAUCCCAGCACUGAUCCUUUACUUACCACAUCCACCUUCUUUCGAGCAUCCUUCGCUGCUCUGGUGUUCUUGGAGUUUCUGGCCACCGGGAUUUGUCACAGACAUUUAACACUUCCUGGGACACGUUGCGAAAACGUCAUUGUUUUUUCCAUCAGCCUUGUAACUGUAGAUAUUCCUAUGGCAGCUAACUACUCGCGGAGGCACGGUCGGGGAGCAGACAGCCGCAGACUCUGAGAGCAGCCAGCUCUGAUGUUGGCCAAGCAGGGGAUGAGUGGAGCAUUGAGCCCAGCACGUGGGAGUCUUUACUGAUUGUUCAGGGAAGUUAAAUCGUAUUUAAAACUCACCUAUUAAACGGAAAAAAAGAGUUUUAAUUUUAUCCUGCGCCGGCUCUUUUAUUUCCUCAGGUUUCAUUCUCCUCACCAUUUGUCUUUCAAUUUAUUGUUCUUCAGUGUUGUGUCAUUUAUCACACUCUGUCCUUUCGGAGAAGAUUAUAACCUGAAAUCUUUAUUCUAAAAUUACCUUGGGUGGUAAAUGCUUUAUUAUUUCUUUUAGCCUGCAUUUUGGGAAGAAAUAGGGAAUUGGGCUACUGUUGUCUGUUGCACUGAUUGCCUUCCAGAAAAGCUGGAGCUGAACUUCUUAGACAAUUUCUUAGGCAAGUGGAAAUGGACGGUGCAUAGUUUAAGUGGACGGGAUGCUUGGAUUGUCACUUACAGCUUGAGCAGAGAUCAGAAGGAACUACUUACUCUUGCCUGGACUUCAUUUCAAUUCCGGAACAUUAGCAAGGCUUUGGAGUAAUGUACUUCAAAGGAGAUGUUGGAAACCCAAUCUUGCUAGGGUAAAAUAUCACUUUACUUUGCAAUAUAGAAGUAUAAGCCACUGGAAGGUUUGUUUUUUUUUUUUUUGGCCAGCCCCAGUUUUGAGUUAAAUUCAGAGCUGGUGCAACUUCACAGAUACACCGAUGACACUGGUGAGGCCACAUCUUCCCUCUCCACCUCCCCGUUUCUGAAUUUGGCAUCCAAGCCUGAAGUUUACUGUGUUACCAGCUACAAAAGGCCACCCCUAUAAAGUGCUGAACUCCUAAUUAAUUAUCCAAGACUAUUACCAAGGGCUGAGGAGCAACCCUGCUGUUGCUUUUGGGCUGUUGGAUACUGAACUUCAGCACAUUCACACAGACUGCUUUGCUCCCACAAGAAGGGUGUGCAGGCACUGGUUAUUGGCCUCUCCUCAGGCGUAGGACCAAGGAUGAGCAUUUCUGGAGCAAAAGUAGGGGGUUGCAGAGUGUGUGGUACCUGCCCAUCUUCAUCUGCUCUGCCUCCUUUUGAGCCUGCACUCGGUCAGGUUGAACAGAUCCAUGGGCAGGUCCCUGCUCCCUUCCCAACCCCCUCAGCACUUACCUUGACAGAAUCAGCCGAUUCCCAGUCUGCAGGCCCAAAGCACCAGUCUCUGACGUUGGAUUAAAGCAUCAGCUUAGGGGAACGUCCGUGAUUCCCUGGCUGGUUGUCCUGCCUUCAUCCUGCUGUCAUGGACCCUCCUCUCCCACCUUGAAGAAAAAUGCUCUCUUUGGUUUCAGAGCUCUUCCCUUUCCCGCUCAAAAACACAGCUCACGUCCACAUUCCCAUUUAUUUCUCAAUGCCAGGAUGACCAAACCCUGGCUUUUUCUACCUCUCAGGUGUGUGAUGGCCUCUCAGCUCUGACAAGGAUUUCAGCAGCUCCAGCUCCACCAUGUUAACCAUAUGCAAUAGCCCUUGAUAGUUUGGUCCUGCAGGGUGCAGAAAACCUCCUAGAAAUGCUGUGUGCCCUUAGUAACCGCUGAAAUCAGGGCAAAUGGUUACACACCCUGUCCUUAGUGAUGCAUCUAGCAGAUCCAUGUCCUAGCUGAGAUGGCCUGACCCACAGCGUCAGAGGUAUUUGAAUGUCUGCUAGGAUUUACAAAGUUUCCAGUUGAGCACCUAAAGCCCAUUAAUAUUUCGCUCUGGGUAAACAGCUAAGUUGCCUUAAACUGGAAAGUCACUAUUCCUUGGCUUUAACUUUCAACCUUUUGCAGUCCCCAAUCGUGUGGUGCGCAGGAAACACCAUCUCAGCUCUUUGAAGGCAAACCAGACAUUGUUGGGCUGCCAUAAUCAACAUUUGGUCACCUGAAAAGCCUGCCUUGGUCUUUUCAGGGCACAAAAUCGGAUUUGGCAGAGCUGCAGUGUCAUCUCAAUGUUUUAGAAGCUCAGUACCAUCAGGGCACUUCAGAUACUUUUUGAUUUUCUGGUGCAGUGUGUCUGGAAAAUGAUGAACGGAGACUGUUCCUUCCAUUUCCAAAUUCAAGUGCCAAAAGAGAAGAACAUGCUGCAACUGAACACCGUUAAAACCAGCUUUAUCACAUGUGGAUAAAUAUAGUCUCAAGGGCUCCAUUUUGGUGCUAAGAUAUGUCACGCUGUAUUUUCCAUUGCUUGGUAUUACAAAGCUGAUUCCCUGCUCCAGGAAAUAUUUUCCGUAAUCAGCAACAUCUUAAGCAUUAGGAUUUAUUUUUUUUUCUUGAGGCUGUAGAUUUUUUAACUGGGAUACACUGAACAAAUACACCCCCCCCCCCCCCCCCCCCCCCACCCCCCAAUCAUGUGAGUUUUGGAGAAGUUUUAUACAGUAUAUUUAUGGAAAAAGUCUUUCAAAAUGUGGGUGCAUGUAUAUUUUCCCUUCAGUAAUACUCUUCAUCACAUCAGCUGACCCAGAACUAAGGGAAUCUGUUACUCAGGAUUUGAUCGAGAAGUGACCGACGUUACGGGAAGGGCCCUCACAGAUGUGUGGGUUGUGGGACCAGGUCUUCACCAAAUUUUUUCACUUGGAAGUCAAAAAGUGUGCAGUUAAUUAACAUAAAAUUUAAACACCUCCUUCUCCUAGCAGGCAGAAAUCCAGCUGAAAUCUGCCAGACUUAACAAGAGAGUGCUUGUAUCCUUAGGUGCUCAUGAACUCCCAAUAAAGGAGCAGAAGCAUUUAAUAUUCUCAUUUAUUCUUUGGUACAAUACUCCAGCAAGAAGUGCAAAUUAUCUUAAUGGCUGCAUUUAGAAUAUGAGCCAGUCAUCAAAGAUGAGAGUUUUACAGCCCAGUAGUCCUUUAAAUGUCAGCUGUCCUGCAGAAGAGUGGUUUUGCGAUGGUUUGGUGCCAUGCUGUGGAAUUUUCUUGCAGAAGUCAUGUGAACUGCACAAAACCAACAUGGGUCAUAGUUUUAAAUACUCAUGGCCUUUCUCUUGUUUUAGUCUUUCAUGUUAAUUCUUACCUUGAAAAACAUCUCAUGUUCCUGAUUUAAAACUCCAACCUCUGUAAUGGCCCAUGGCACAGCAUACCAGCAAAAUACUUUUUUAUCUAUCAUCACACUAUAGAUGAGCAUGGGGGCGUUUUGUUGACAAGCAGUUAGGUCAAGUGAGACAAGGAGAUCUUGCUUCAACACCUUGUUGAAGGAGUCGUCUGUGGAGCCCAAAGGGCAGAUGUUCCCCACCGCUCACUCUGGAGGGACCGACGUUUCCAGUGAUGCUCUUGCUGGAUAGGUUGCAUAGCCCAAGUAGCCCAAUACAGCAGGUCAGUUGCCAUGUGGCUACCUACCCACAGAUAUUCCUGGUCUUGAUGACUGCCAAGGAUGUGGGAGAGGAGAGGGAGGGUGUCAGUGAAGGAGAGAGGCUGGAGUUCUGGGCUUGAGAUGUCUUUGUUGAGGGGGAGCUGUCACAACAGGGACGCACAGCUAUGAUCCAUGAGCAUCAUUCCCGAAGGUUUCUCUGAGUCUUUUUCACAGCAAAGAUGCUUUGAGCCCCAACAGGGUCAAGGUGAGAAGAAGGAAAGAAGCUGGCAAUACGCUCAGAGCUACAAUGCUGAAAGGUUCGUAUUUUGUUUUCCCUGUGGAGUUACAGAGAUUUGGCUCAGGUGGCUCUAGGCUCCUUGGCUGGAUAGUAGGGAAAAUCAGUCUUUCCUCCUUGUACCCAACUCCUGUACAGCUUCUCGGUUUGGGGGGCUGAAGAACCUCCUCUUGCACCUUUCAGACCUCCAUAGGAAAUGUCAGGGGCUAAAUCUUGAGCUUUCUCUCAUAGAAAAAGGUGACAAUGCCCUGAGUUCAGGUUGUGGGUCUACAAAACACUCUGCUCUGUGUUACGAUGUGACAGGACUAAAAUGAUCAUUCCCAAGUCAUCCCACCUGCUUGUUGCUGCUCCAGUCUCACUGGAGAUUAUGGACCUUAUAUCUGCUUAUAAAUGUAUGCAUUAAAUUUCCCAGUCCCUGUUCCACCAUACCUGGUCAGGAUGUGCUGACACACGCAGUUAUUCCAGCAGCUUUCACCUUCAGGGACCUGUAUGAUUGAUAGAAAAUCCUCACCUGGGGAAUGGUAUCGUGACACUUUCAUGUACACAGGCAGGGAUGUCGAGUACAGGCAGGCAUUUGCUGCAAUAUGGUCCAACAGAGGUGAAAGUCUAAAGUGGAGGCUUUGAAGGGAGUUGAGUCUUCUCAUGUACCAUGGUAGGACAAGGCAAGCACUUAAACCCUCCUGUCUCCUGCGGAACAACAGAAAUGAGCUCCGCAACCAGCAGUUAUGGUCCAUUCGUGGUGAUGCACGUUGGAAACCUUUGAAUUGUUUUGCAUUCCAGUUUGUACUGAAGAUUUGAUUCAAAGUUUGUGUAUACAAUCCCUUUGGUGUGUUACAAAUAUGUAUGUGUGUGUAUAUAUAUAUAUAUGUAUAUAUAUGUGUGUGUAUAUAUAUACAUAUAAAUUAACCAAUGCUGGUGUUUUUACUUUUUAAAGUUCACAGGGCAAAGGGCAUGUUGUUAGUUUGCUGUAAGAUUCUAUUCUGUAUAUAUGUUUUCAUGUAAAUAAGUGAAAAUCUAUAUUCAGAGUUAUAUUUUAAUUUUUAUUCAAAAUUAAAUAAAUCCCCUUUUUACUUGAAACAAUUGUAAGCCACGUUGUUAAUAAAGUGACAAUAAAUCAUA